AUGCCACAUUCGACUUGUCCCCCUCGGCCAACCCAUCUCAUCAUAGUCUGCUGCCACGCCAUCUACGUUGGCGGUGAGGGCGGGUGCGCCGAUGAAGCGAACUGGCUGAUCGAGCCGUUUCAGACCGGCGAGACGGAAACGUAUAUUCGGCAUAUUGAGGCCGGGGUGAAGGAGUUGGCGAGAAACCAGGAUACCGCGAUUCUGGUGUUUAGCGGUGGGGCGACUAAGAGGGAUAGGACGGUUAGGAGUGAGGGCGAGGGUUACCUGGCCGUGGCUCUCGAGAAGAACCUCUUCAAUCUAGACACAGACAUAGAUACAGACACAUCGCCAUCACCAUCCACCCUCCGGUCCCGUAUUUUCGUCGACCGCUACGCAACAGACUCGUACCAGAACGUACUCCUCCCGCUGAUUCAAUUCCCGCUGUUCGCGCAAGAGCUCCAGAGCCGACUUCGCGGUGAGGCGGUCUCGGGCUCUUACGACAACCACGACUCACACUCCCAAGCACGUACAAUGCCAGCCAUAGACGAGGACGGGCAUGCGGCCAUGGACCCCAACUCAGACGCCAAACUGUCCAUCCCAACCUGGCCGGCCAAAUUGACCGUGAUAUCCCACGCGUUCAAACGCCGGCGCUUCCUGAACUUACACGUCCCCGCGGCGCGCUUCCCCGGCACCCAGACGACGUACAUCGGGAUUGAUCCGCCUUUUGAGCCCGGGCGGAUGGCGGAGAUCGAAGAGGGAGAUCGGUUGAGAGGGUAUGGUGUCUGGGAAGGAGACCUGUAUGGCCUGGGGGCUCUGCUGAGCGGCAAGAGGGAGAAGAGGGGGUGGGACGAGGGCGUCUUCCGCGCCGAGGUCGUCGGCCGGUUUGCCGGCCGGGCGAGGAGGCACGUGGAGGGGGUUUUGGCGUUCAAGGGUCGCGGCGAUGACGGGAGGGCGCCUUGGGAGACUGAGUGUGGGUGA